AUGGACAGCCACAGUACUAACGGUAAUAAUGUUGAUAGCAAUAGCAGCCCGCAGGUGCAGCAGCAGCAGCAGCAGCAGCAGCAGCAACAGCAACAGCAACGGCGUAACAGAUUAACUAAGAAGCCUCCUCCUUCCUCUCAACACCAUCAUCACGGCCAUAGCUUCUCCCUCACCGCUGAUGGUCGCUUUGACGCCCAAUCCCUCAAGAGCAAACGGAGCUCCACGAGUUUGAGGCGUGCUCCAAGCGCUCCCCACAGAACGCCCGCAACUACUACAACGCCUAACAGUGCUAACGCUUUUAACACUGCUGCUAAUAACGUGGGCAUUAACAACGCGUUAAACUCCUCCGCAUCGCCCCGUCAUCCGCCAACUCCCACUACUACCACUACUACUACCACUACCAUUACUACCACUACCUUCUCUACCAACAGCGGCGGCAGCAAUAAUCACCAUCACAACAAUCCCUACAGCAGUUAUUCCGCUCGCUCUCCGCCCACACUGUCUCCCGGCCAAUUUUUACCCUCUACCUUUUCUUCGACUCCUUACCAUCAGGUAGCCUCGUCUUCGCCCUUGCCCUCGCCUUCGCCUUCGUCCCCGUUUCCGCCCCCCAACAACCCAUUAUUCCCCCCCGCCGCUGCUGACGGAGCCGGAAUUGGAUCUGGGGUCGGCAUUGGCAUAGGCAUUGGCAUUGGUGCUAGCACUGGAUCCUCGAAAUCGGGAACCCAACGUUUAUCCGAUUCCCAUCUUCGCCAUCCACUCUCUUCCCAGACACCCGAAGAGUUUGUAGGUGCGCCUUUUGACGGCAAUUUCAUCCUGAAUCAUUUCGAGGCCACCAAGUCGCCCACCUAUCAAUACUCUUCCUCCCAAGCACGCCCAGCACAACCCUCGCCGACGACUUCGAGUCCUGACCCGCGUGUGAUGAGUCCUCCUUUACGACAAUCAGCUAGCUUCUCCGCUCUCGACGCCAACAUGUCGGAGAAGUCCCACGGCGCGCGCGUCAACGAGAAUCAUGUCCUACCCCCGAAACGAUACUCAGACGAGGGCAAAGAACUCAAAGGCCCCGGCGUCUUAAGAAAAAAGUCGGGCUUCUCCGGCCUCAUGAGCACAUUAGUGGGGUCGCCCAAAAAACCUGUUAUCUCGGCACCAGAAAAUCCCGUUCACGUCACCCACGUCGGCUACGAUAGUUCUACCGGCCAGUUCACGGGCUUGCCCAAAGAAUGGCAACGUCUAAUCAACGAGAGUGGUAUUCCAGAGAAUGCUCAGAGGGAAAACCCCCAGAUGAUUGCAAAUCUCGUCACUUUCUACAAAGAGACCACAGAGAAGCCGCAUGAGGAUCAGGUCCUGGAGAAAUUCCACGAUGUGAGAGCUCCUGAAUUGCGCACCCCCUCUGGUGGAAUGGCAACAUCCCCCGGCAUGUAUGCAUCAAACUAUGCGGGUAUGUCACCUAUGAUCAGUCCACCAGCAAGUCCGAGAUUUCCAAUCGUGAAUAAUGAAGGCACCUUCGAGAACCCCCGCGCCCCCCCUCCGGUACCCAUACCUGGGAAGAGUCCGACGACGCUGCACUCUGUCAAGGACCACUCCAACUUGCAGCCUAGCCGACCCGCGCCGAAACCCCCCGUCUCUCUACAGACCCGAGCCGCGCAACAAUUGCCCUAUCCCACCAAGGAUUCGGGCAUCGGUAUGACGCAAGCCGGUGAGGAUAUGCACUCGGCAGGUCCUCACGCCCCCCCGCCGAAGGACAAUGUUCCAAUGCUCCCCGAAGAGCAUCGGUCGAGAUCGAACUCGCGCGUUAACGGGUCCCAACCCCAUACGCCUGUCGGCCAACCUUCGCCUGCAGUCCAGGCUGCAUACCAACAGCAAUUAAUGCAGCAUCAACAAGAGCAAGCCAUGGCGCAAGCUCAGGCUGCUAUGAAGGGUCAACUCGGUAGAUCUGCGAGUACUAAGCAGCCUCCCACCCAGCCGAUACCCUCGAGCUCGCAACAGCAGCAUCAAAUGGGUCGCGCACCAGAAGCUAAUGGCGCAGGCAGUGCGGCUCAUCCGGGACGUGCAGGACCUCCAGCACAACAGCCACGUCCCCGUAAUCGACCACGACAGAGUACUAGCAUAGAUGUAGCAGCGGCCCUGAAGCGUAUCUGUUCUGAAGGCGACCCUCGUGAGAUCUAUCGUGGUUUCACAAAGAUCGGACAGGGUGCAUCCGGAGGCGUCUAUACCGGUUACGAGCGAGGAAUAAACCGACUAGUAGCUAUCAAACAGAUGAACCUCGAGCAACAGCCGAAGAAGGACCUAAUCAUCAACGAAAUUUUGGUCAUGAAGGAAAGCUCACAUCCGAACAUCGUCAACUUCAUAGAUAGCUAUCUAUGCGGUGGUGAGCUAUGGGUGAUAAUGGAAUAUAUGGAAGGUGGUAGUUUGACCGAUGUUGUCACUUUUAAUAUAAUGACGGAAGGACAAAUCGCCUCAGUCUGUAGAGAGACCCUAAAAGGCCUUCAACAUCUACACUCUAAAGGAGUUAUUCACAGAGACAUCAAGUCGGACAAUAUUUUACUGUCCUUGGAUGGUAAUAUCAAGCUCACCGACUUCGGUUUCUGCGCGCAAAUUAACGAGGCACAUAAUAAGCGGACUACAAUGGUCGGUACGCCGUACUGGAUGGCACCUGAAGUUGUUACAAGGAAAGAAUAUGGGAGAAAAGUCGAUAUUUGGUCACUGGGUAUCAUGGCCAUUGAAAUGAUCGAAGGGGAGCCGCCAUAUCUUACGGAGUCACCACUCCGCGCUUUAUGGUUAAUUGCUACCAACGGGACGCCGCAAAUCAAGGAAGAACAUAACUUAUCUGCGGUAUUCCGAGAUUUCUUGUACUUCGCCUUGAAAGUUGACCCAGAGAAAAGGGCGAGCGCGCAUGAUCUACUUCGACACGAGUUUAUGAAGACAUGUGUCGACCUAUCAUCCCUAUCCCCGCUCGUUCGGGCGGCUAGGGAGGCUCGAUUGGAGGAAAAGGCCAACAAAGGUCAAUAA